AGAACAGCAUAAGAAGGACUUCAACGCGCCGCGUCGGCUACUGGACUUUUCCUUUCCCUUCUCCGCAUUCCAUAUCCCAUCUUUCGUCAACAUGGCAACCGAGCAGCUUCAAACGUACGCUCAAAAACCCCGCGUCUUCAUUCUGUCCGACAUCUCGAACGAGCCGGAUGAUGCCGAGUCGCUAUGCCGCUACCUGCUCUAUUCCAACCAGUUUGAGACCGAGGGGUUGGUGGCAUGUACCAGCACAUGGAUGAAGAACAAGGUGUGCCCACAGGACAUGGAAAAGAUCAUUGAUGCGUAUGCCGGCGCAGUAGAAAAUCUAAACAAGCAUGCGCACCCCGACUGGCAGUACCCGACUGCGGAACACAUGAGGAGCUUGAUCAAGAAGGGCGCCGAGACAUACGGCAUGUCCGCUGUCGGCACCGACAUCCCACUGUCUUCCGGUGGACAACUGCUCUAUGAUCGCAUCGUUGCCCCGUCGGCACAACCAUUGUGGAUCCUCUGCUGGGGCGGAACCAAUACCCUUGCCCAAGCGCUCCUCAAAAUCGACGACCAGUAUCCCCCAGAAGACUCGAAGCGUCUUCUUUCUCGGAUACGUGUAUAUGCCAUCUCGGAUCAGGAUGACACGGGAGCGUGGAUUCGCAACAACUUCCCGGAUAUCUUCUACAUUGCCUCGGUACAUGGCUGGAACCAGUACGGCUUAGCUGCGUGGACUGGCAUCUCCGGCGACAAGUACUACGGCUUCGAUCAGGGCGGCCCAGACUUCACGAAAAUGGAGAAGAGCUGGAUCAAGGAGAAUAUUCAGAUCGGUCCGCUCGGCAGCGCCUACCCAGACUACUUGUUCAUCCCCGAGGGAGACACUCCCACAUUCCUCUAUCUCAUCCAAAACGGCCUCGGCGUACCAGAGUGCCCGGACUAUGGCUCGUGGGGAGGUCGCUACGCCCGCACAGAUAUAAGCGGUGAGGGCCUGAAUAGCAACCACUACAGCGAUGCCGUCGACCACGUCAAAGUCGGCGACAGGACUUACACAUCGAACCAAGCGACCAUUUGGCGUUGGCGCGACGCUUUCCAGAAUGACUUUGCUGCCCGUAUAAAGUGGAGCAUGGAGUCUGAUUUUAGCAAAGCAAACCACCACCCCGUAGUAAUAAUCAAUGAUGCAAAGGGUCUUGCACCCGUGCGCAUCGACGCCGAAGCAGGGUCCACCGUUAUACUGGAUGCGACGGGCACAUAUGACCCCGACGGCAGCGCCCUAACGUUCAAGUGGUGGCACUACCGCGAGCCCACCGCCACCCAAUGGUGGGUUUCCGCCGAAGUCUCCGACCUCACCAUCAAGAACAUUGACAGUGAGGGCCGUAAAGUCGAAGUCACGCUUCCACCGCCGGAUAAGUGCGCAGUCGAGCUGAUGAGCCGGCAGCCCAAGGAGACGGGGCAGUUAUUGCAUUUGAUUCUCGAGGUCACGGAUAACGGCAGUCCGAGCUUGACUAGCUAUAGGCGCGUGUUGAUCCAAGCUACGAACAAGGAGCUCAAGGGUGGUGGGGAGGGCGCAGAUGCCAUUGGGGAUUUGAUGAAGGACCUCUGAAAAGCGCGAUUACGAUGUUGGCAUGCCUAAAUGAUAUAAGGAAAGCGGGGUACAGAUGGUAUGCUACAAACGAUGGACAAUCAUGCCCUUCAUGAACAUUCUUCUCGAUUUGAUCUCCCUAUCUAAAUCAAAAGCAUAGUUCUAUCCUCUUUUCCUGUAGAAAGGGCGUGCAUUCAGUCCAUUUAAUCCCU